AUGUUUGGGAUUCAGGAGAAUAUUCCGCGCGGGGGGACGACCAUGAAGGAGGAGCCGCUGGGCAGCGGCAUGAACCCGGUGCGCUCGUGGAUGCACACGGCGGGCGUGGUGGACGCCAACACGGCCGCCCAGAGCGGCGUGGGGCUGGCGCGGGCGCACUUCGAGAAGCAGCCGCCUUCCAACCUCCGGAAAUCCAACUUCUUCCACUUCGUGCUGGCGCUCUACGACAGGCAGGGCCAGCCGGUGGAGAUCGAAAGGACCGCUUUUGUGGACUUUGUGGAGAAAGAGAAAGAGCCCAACAACGAGAAAACCAACAACGGCAUCCACUACAAGCUCCAGCUGUUGUACAGCAACGGAGUUAGAACAGAGCAGGAUCUGUAUGUUCGCCUCAUAGAUUCCAUGACCAAACAGGCCAUCGUCUACGAGGGCCAGGACAAGAACCCGGAGAUGUGCCGCGUGCUGCUGACCCACGAGAUCAUGUGCAGCCGGUGCUGUGACAAGAAAAGUUGUGGCAAUAGGAACGAAACGCCCUCAGACCCCGUAAUCAUCGACAGAUUCUUUCUAAAGUUUUUCCUCAAGUGCAAUCAGAACUGUUUGAAGAAUGCAGGCAACCCUCGAGAUAUGCGGAGAUUCCAGGUUGUUGUGUCGACAACAGUCAACGUGGACGGCCACGUGCUGGCCGUGUCCGACAACAUGUUUGUGCACAACAACUCCAAACACGGGAGGCGGGCCCGCCGCCUAGACCCGUCAGAAGGUACGGCCCCUUCCUAUCUGGAAAAUGCCACUCCGUGCAUCAAGGCCAUCAGCCCCAGUGAAGGCUGGACCACGGGGGGUGCCACCGUCAUCAUAAUCGGAGACAACUUCUUUGACGGUCUACAAGUUGUGUUCGGAACUAUGUUGGUGUGGAGUGAGCUGAUAACCCCCCAUGCCAUCCGAGUCCAGACCCCUCCACGGCACAUUCCUGGAGUUGUUGAAGUCACCCUGUCCUACAAAUCCAAGCAGUUCUGCAAAGGUGCUCCUGGGCGCUUCGUCUAUACCGCCCUUAAUGAACCAACCAUAGAUUACGGCUUUCAGAGGUUGCAGAAAGUGAUCCCAAGACAUCCGGGUGAUCCUGAAAGGUUACCCAAGGAAGUAUUGCUCAAGAGGGCUGCGGAUCUCGUGGAAGCCUUAUACGGGAUGCCUCACAACAACCAGGAGAUAAUCCUGAAGCGGGCGGCUGACAUCGCCGAGGCACUGUACAGCGUCCCCCGCAAUCACAGCCAGAUCCCCGCCCUGGGCAACGCCCCCGCGCACACCGGCAUGAUGGGCGUGAACUCCUUCAGCAGCCAGCUCGCCGUCAACGUGUCGGAGACAUCACAAGCCAACGACCAAGUCGGCUACAGUCGCAAUACAAGCAGCGUGUCCCCGCGAGGAUACGUCCCCAGCAGUACUCCCCAGCAGUCCAAUUACAACACAGUCAGCACUAGCAUGAAUGGAUAUGGAAGUGGCGCCAUGGCCAAUCUAGGGGUCCCUGGUUCGCCUGGAUUUCUUAAUGGCUCCUCCGCUAACUCUCCCUACGGCAUAGUGCCGUCCAGCCCCACCAUGGCAGCCUCUUCGGUCACCCUCCCUUCAAACUGUAGCAGCACACACGGCAUUUUCUCAUUCUCACCUGCCAAUGUCAUCUCCGCAGUGAAACAGAAGAGCGCCUUCGCGCCCGUGGUCCGGCCUCAAGCCUCCCCUCCUCCGUCCUGCACCAGCGCCAAUGGGAACGGGCUGCAAGGCUCUCUGCUGGGUGCUGAGGACGUAACCGUGGAGAAGACAAACUGGCCCUUUUGUGAAGUCGGUGGCAUAUUUCACUUUGAUGAACUAAUGCUCAAAAAAGGAACUGGAAAGCUAUGUCUGGGCUGGUAGUCCCGCCAAUGUGAGGGACUUUGUUUACCUUCAGCCGCACCCAGCAUCAAAGGAC